AUGAGUCCUGAUUUAGUUGCCUCUGACUUUGUUCCAGCCACAGAGGAAGUUAAUGCUGGGCCUCUUUGUUGAGCCAAACCCUCCUCCAGCUAUAUUAAUCUUUAAGUAAGUUCCCCAGGGGACCCUUUCUUGAUCAUCCAGGCAAGACAGCUACUUUUAGUUAACCACAGGCCCAAGGAAUGCAAAGGACAUCUAGAAUGUAUGCAUGCCAAUCUCCAGCUUCAGACUCAACUUGCCCAACAACAAGUAAUUCUAGAAAAUUUACAAGCAUCCAUGACACAACUCGUUCCUGGAAGAGAAAGCAAAUCUUUCCCAGCUGUAUCUCAUAAUCUGUUCUUAAAUCACCUGCCUCAAUUCAAUAAGGGAAUUGUGGAACAAAGUCUCAAGGCUUACUACCGUGUCAAGCUCAGUGGGCAGUUCCCAGCCCUCACUCUCUAA